CGACACGGCCUCACCGGAAAAUGCACUCAUCUCAUAUCAAUCACUCCCUCCCUAUUAAUACCGAUCAUCAUUUCCUUAUUUCUCUCCCAAAUUUAGAAGAAAAAAAAAACAAUCGGAGAUUACGGGUAAAAGCUUCACCACCGUCGCCGUUGUUCGGGUUUCCAGUGCUUCCCGUUCGUCAAUGGACGCCGUGCCUUUUUACGACGGCAACAUCCACGGCUUGAUUGAGAGCCGAUACCUCGACGUUCGUCAGGAUGUUAAUCACAGCUUGCAGAUGCACUCGUCUUUGGUACGGCGGCUUUCUCAGGAGACCGAAUUAGAGGGUCAUCAGGGCUGUGUUAAUUCGAUUGCUUGGAAUUCUAGAGGUUCACUUUUGAUAUCUGGAUCAGAUGACACACGGAUAAAUAUUUGGAGCUACUAUGGUCGAAAGCUUUUGCAUUCUAUAGAGACUGGGCACUGCACUAACAUAUUUUGUACAAAAUUUAUCCCUGAAACUUCCGAUGAGCUUGUUGCCUCUGGUGCUGGAGAUAAAGAAGUCCGAUUAUUUAAUUUGUCUCAAUUAAGUGGGAGAGGACCUGAAGAUAGUGCUGUUUCUCCAUCAGCUCUAUAUAAAUGUCACUCAAGAAGAGUAAAAAAGUUAGCUGUCGAAGUUGGAAACCCCAAUGUGGUAUGGAGUGCAAGUGAAGAUGGAACUUUGAGACAGCAUGACUUUCGAGAGGCCACUUCUUGUGCUCCUGCUGAACCUGAUAAAAAAUGUCGUAGUGUUUUACUCGAUUUGCGGUCUGGAGCAAAGAAGUCACUAGCUAAACCUCCGAAAGAUACGUUGGCUCUAAAAUCUUGUGAUAUUAGUUCCACUAGGCCUCAUUUGCUACUAGUUGGUGGGAGUGAUGCAUUUGCGCGUUUAUAUGAUAGAAGGAUGCUGCCUCCUCUGACAUCCUGCCAGAAAACGAUGUCUCCACCUCCUUGUGUUAAUUAUUUCUGUCCAAUGCACCUCUCUGAUCGUGGAGGUACAAGCUUGCACUUAACUCAUGUUGCAUUUAGCCCAGAUGGAGAAGAGGUUCUACUUAAUUAUAGUGGGGAGCAUGUAUAUUUAAUGAAUGUUAAUCAUGCUGGUGGAAGUGCUGUCCAGUAUAAUUCAGGUGAUGUUUCAAAGAUAAUGAGCUUCACACCUAUACUGAAUGGGCUAGAACUGCAGCAACCACCAUCCAGAGUCUUCAAAAGUCGUCUUCCUAAAAGACGCGAGGCCACUGCUAUGCAUGAAAAGUGCAGUAAACUAACUCAAAGUGCUCAGAAGUCCUUGGAGGAGGGGGAUUUUUAUCAUGGCAUUGAGGCAUGCAAUGAGGUGCUGGAUGGAUAUGGUGGCGAUAUUGGCCCUAUACUAAGGCAUGAUUGUCUCUGUACUCGUGCUGCAUUGUUGCUGAAGCGUAAGUGGAAAAAUGAUGCUUAUAUGGCCAUAAGAGAUUGCUAUAAUGCUCGGAAAAUCGAUAGCUCAUCUUUCAGAGCUCAUUACUAUAUGUCUGAAGCUUUGUCACAGUUGGCCAAACACAAAGAAGCUCUAGAAUUUGCUAUGGCUGCCCAAUCUUUAGACCCAUCGCAUUCUGAGGUACUAGCACUAUUGGAGAGUAUAAAAAGAGAGCUUGCUGCAGCCAAGUCUGAAAAAAAUGGCAAGCCUAAUGAUGGAGCACCCAGGUCUGAAUCUCGGGGUGGAAGAGUGCUAUCACUUAGUGACAUACUUUACCGAUCUGACAGUAAUAGUGAAGCUUCACAAGAUGGGCCUAGAUCUGAGAGAGAGGAUUCUGAUUAUGACGAAUUGGAAUUGGAUUUUGAAACGUCAAUGUCAGGUGAUGAAGAGCAAGAUUUCGAGCCUAAUAUUCUACAUGGAAGUGUAAAUCUGAGAAUUCAUCGAAGAAGUGAUUCUUCUAGGGAAGUUGAGAGGGCAAAUGGCUGUUGUGGAUCUCAGUCGUCAUCAUCUCAAAAUGAAGGACUCCCAUAUCAGCCCGAGGCCGUGGUUGAUAUGAAACAGAGAUACGUCGGUCAUUGCAACAUUGGAACUGACAUAAAGCAAGCAAGCUUUCUUGGCCAGAGAGGUGAAUAUGUCGCUAGUGGAAGUGAUGAUGGCAGAUGGUUUAUCUGGGAAAAACAAACUGGCAGACUUAUAAAAUUGCUUCAAGGAGAUGAAGCUGUUGUGAACUGUGUGCAGUGCCAUCCCUCUGAUUGUGUGGUGGCAACUAGUGGGAUUGAUAACACAAUAAAGUUAUGGACCCCAAGUGCUUCAGUCCCAUCUAGUGUAGCUGGUGGAGCUGCUGGACCAGAAACUGCUAACAUUUCUAAUGUUUUGGUGGCUAAUCAGCGGAGAUUGAGCCAUAAUCCUGAAGCCAUCCUGUACAGCCGUUCUGAUCUAUUUGAGCAUUUUCGAAUGCAUGAUUUUACUGAAGGAAGCAUGCACCCGUUUGAGUGUGCUCAGAGCUAAAAAGUGUUAUAAUGGGAGGAUGGAGAUAUAUGCUCAACUGUAAAUGAGGCGACCGGGAAUGUUGCGGUUCUUGUUUAGCAAUAUGGGAUAGCCAGUUGCUGGUAUGCUGUCUUCAGCGCUAAAGUUUUCCCUAAUACAAUUUGUCACUAUCCCCCUCCAAACAUUUGCCUUGUGAAUCUGUAUAGUAGUACAGAUUCUCAACAUGUCUUGGCUUGUCUGAUGUUUUUGCUCUCGUGCUUAUUAUGUACUUAUUUUGCUUAUUUUCCUUAUUGUGUAUAGGAUAUGAAAGCAGAUAAUAAAGUGCUGGUUGAUAUUUGAUAAAUAUAUG